CUAGCAGUGUAUCUAGCGAUACGUCACUUUCGACACGUCUUAGAAGGCCGCUCCUUUGUUGUCUUCACCGACCACAAACCCCUGACUUACGUGCUCGGCUCGACUACCGACCGAUACUCUCCUAGAGAGUCGCGCCACCUUGACUAUAUCGUUCAGUUUACGACCGAUAUACGGCAUGUCUCAGGUGUGCACAACCCCGUCGCCGAUGCACUUUCCCGCAUUCAAGCUAUUUCCGCUGACGCCGGCACUGCUAUCGACUUGGCAGCCAUGGCCACAGCACAACUCAACGAUCCUGAGGUUGAUCUACUACGCAGGUCUCCCUCAUUGGAUAUACGACCCGUUCCGCUGACAGCAUCAGACGGAACGAUACUCUGCGAUUUAUCUCUGGGCACGCCGCGCCCAGUCGUCCCACGUGAGUUUCGGCAGACCGUGUUCGACGCGUUGCACGGCUUGUCUCAUCCAGGCGUUCGUGCAUCGGUUAAACUCGUAACCGCACGAUUCGUUUGGCGCAAUGUUAAUCGGGACGUCCGUACUUGGGCAGCUGCUUGCCUUCCGUGUCAACGCGCGAAGGUGCACAAGCACACGAGAAGCCCACUAGGCACUUUUCCGACGCCAGACGCACGCUUCCAUCACGUGCACGUCGACCUCGUAGGUCCUCUGCCGCCUUCCAAAGGCUCGGUAUAUCUACUGACCUGCAUCUAUCGACUUAUUAGAUGGCCUGAGGCCAUCCCCAUCCCAAAUUGCUCCUCGGAAACGGUAGCGAAAGCUUUUAUGGAGCGCUGGGUAGCUCAAUACGGCUGUCCCGCCAUCGUGACCACUGAUCGAGGGUCACAUUUCUCGUCGACAUUUGCCAUGUUGCUUAAGGAUUUAGGCUGUCGCCACGUCCAGACGACGGCGUAUCAUCCGGCCGCUAACGGCAUAGUGCAGCGUUUUCACCGCCAGUUGAAGGCAGCGCUACGUGCGCACGCAGAUCCUUCAUGGUCUGAAACGCUUCCCCUCGUUCUCCUAGGCUUAAGAAAUACGGUUAAGACUGACUUCGACGCCACACCAGCGCAGCUAGUCUACGGUUGCACGCUGCGGUUGCCCGGACAGCUGGUAGCACCAGUCCCAUGUACUUCCACUUUUGACUACGGAAGUUACACUGAUCGAUUGGCUCACCAGAUGUGUGAGUUACGUCCACCCGCUCCUUGAUCGCAGAAGACACCAGUGUACGUGCCCGAGAAGCUGUCUACUUGUUCACACGUCCUUCUUCGCGCAGACGGUGUUCGACAGCCUCUUCAGUCGCCGUACAUAGGACCCUUCAAGGUGCUGCAUCGUGCGAGUAAGGCGUACACUAUUGACCGCGGUGGUCGACACGAAGUCGUCACCAUCGACCGUCUGAAACCCGCCUUUAUGAAAGAAACUACCUCGCCUGCUUCGUCUAUUAGUGCCUCGUGCGACGUCACAACUCACCGUACCAAUUUUCCGCAUGCUAGUGAAGUUCAACCAGACCAGGAUCACGGUCUGCAAGCUUCAGCAGUCCCGAAAUCACCCGAACCUAGUCCGCCGCCUCCCACGACCAAUCGCCGUGGUCGGGAGGUACGUAAGCCCGUUUGCUUCUCCGACUAUGUACAGUGUAAAUACUUUUAACUUUGUAGAUAUUGUAUAUAUUUGCCUCAUUUUUGGUCGAUUAACGUUUUGAAAACAAACAAAAAUAUCAAAAACCUCCG